ACAAACAUGAUGCAAAGUCAGUUUACCAAUUUCCCAAAAAUGAACAAAACAACACACAUUUGCACUGUGUCUCAAUCCUAUUUCAUCUCAUUGGAGAACUGAACCAGUUCAUUGUCUCUCCCAAAGGAAACAUCCCUCAACUUUAUCUAACACACUCUUUCAUUUUCACAUCUAACUUCAACCACCAUUUGUAUCAACAUUCUCCCAUAUUCCUCUCUACAAACUCCUUCAUCAUGUCUCCAUCUAGAAUAUUCAGUCUUGCAAUCACUGCUUCUUUCAUUUUCUCCCUCAUUGUUCUACUUCCUAGAUCAGGUGGAAGAGUGUUAUGUGAUGAGAGUGGUUUGGAGGAAAGGAAAGUGGUGAUAGGGUCAAAGCCACCUGAAUGUGUAAACAAGUGCAUGAAGUGUAGGCCAUGCAUGGCUACUGUGGUUGUUAAUGAUCAUGAUCACCAAAAGAAGAAGGGGUUCAAGUUAGACUCUUCUCAUGAAGAAAAUGAUAGCUAUUAUCUCCUUUCAUGGAAAUGCAGAUGUGGUAAUAAAUUGUUUCAACCAUGAUUACUUUCAUCCAGAGACUAGUUAGAGCUUCUUCUAUAUACUGUAUUUGUCCAUUUUUAUUUCUUAAUUUUCUAAGUAAUUAAUGGAAGUGGGAAUGAAGUUUUACUCUU